UUGUCGCAUCCUGCUGUUACUGUGUCAGUGGAAGCACAUAAUGCAGGUGGAGGGAUGUUAACAUGCACCCCAUGAUCUCUAGCAGCCCCCCAUGAAGUUGACACAAACAUAGAAAACAUUUUCCUUGCUAUGCAAAUGAGGUUUCAAGGACAAAGUUCUGGCAUUUCUUCCAAAAAGAUUUAAACUCUUAAAAUCCCUCUAUAUAGAAAUCCUAGAGUAACCUUGUAACUGUUUAAAGUAGCUUUGAACAAAGGGUGUUUGGUAUGAGCUCCAUAAGGGCAAGGGCUUAGCUUGUUUUAUUUAUUGUUCUUUCUACAUCUCCCAGUACAGUGUCUGGAAAUAUGAUAUGUUUGAUAAAUAUUCAUUGAAUAAAUCAGGAAGGGAGAUAGAGACGAAAGAGCAGCCAACCCUUCUAACCUCACAAACUCAAACUGAGGAAAAGAAAUGCAUAUCUCUUUACCAGGAAAAAUAAAAAUAGUGUAAAUAUUUCUUUGGUUCUUACUAUCCUGUUGCCUUCACAGGUGAGACCAAUGAGGAUCCUGAAGACCAGUAAUAUCUCUGGAUCUGUGAGUGAGUUCAUCCUCCUGGGCUUCCCCUGCCGCAAAGAGAUCCAGAGGCUCCUCUUUGUACUCUUCUCCCUCAUCUACCUCCUGACCCUCAUGGGCAACUUGUCCAUCAUCUGUGCUGUGUGGUCAAGCAGGAAACUCCACAAGCCCAUGUACAUCCUCCUGGCCAACUUCUCCUUCCUGGAGAUCUGCUAUGUCAGUUCUAAUGUGCCCAAAUUGUUGGCCACCAUCAUCUCCCAGACCAAGAGCAUCUCCUAUGCUGGCUGCCUGCUCCAGUUCUACUUCUUCUUCUCCAUGUGUGCUGCUGAAUGUUUAUUUCUGUCAGUGAUGUCUUUUGAUCGAUUGCUUGCUAUUUAUAGACCUUUGCACUAUCCCACCGUAAUGACCCAUGACUUAUGUGCCCAGUUAGUGGUUUUCUGCUGGGCAGGUGGCUUUCUCUGGUUACUGACCCCUUUGACCCUAAUAUCUCAGGUGCCCUUCUGUGGUCCAAACACCAUUGACCAUUUUCUCUGUGAUCUGGCACCCUUACUGGCAUUGUCCUGUGCUCCAGUAUCUGGAACUACUCUGACCUGUGGUAUUAUUAGCUCUCUCAUUAUCUUCCUCACCUUUCUGUACAUCCUUGGCACUUACUUCUGUGUCCUCAGAGUGGUGUUACAGGUGCCCUCAGGCUCCGGGAGGCAUAAGGCUUUCUCUACUUGUACCUCCCACCUUGCUGUGGUGUCCUUGUUCUAUGGCUCAGUCAUGGUGAUGUAUGUUAGCCCAGGUUCUGGGGACCAUCCUGGGAUGCAGAAAUUUGUGACCUUGUUUUAUGCUUUGGCAACACCAUUCUUUAAUCCCCUGAUCUAUAACUUCCAGAACAAAGAUAUGAAGGAGGCAUUAAAGAAUAUUCCAUAUGUAUUUUUGUGGGAAAUUUCUUAAGGAUUCAAGAGUUGAGUUCAAUAAUUCAUCAUUGAUAUUUAGGAAGAUGAAAGAUCAUGAGACAAAUGAGACCACACUGUUUU